UAUCCUUGAGACUCCAUUCCCCAGCAAGGUCUGCGCGUUGCGUGCGCUAUGGAGCUGCAAGUCGCAGAACUGAAGCAGAAGAUCGAAGACACAUUGUGCCCUUUUGGCUUCGAGGUUUACCCCUUCCAGGUGGCAUGGUAUAAUGCACUCCUGCCUCCAGCCUUCCACCUACCCCUGCCAGGACCUACCCUGGCCUUCCUGGUACUCAGCACACCUGCUAUGUUUGACCGGGCCCUCAAACCCUUUUUGCAGAGUUGCCAUCUCCGACCACUGACUGACCCUGUGGACCAGUGUGUAGCCUACCACUUGGGCCGUGUUAGAAAGAACCUCCCAGAGUUGCAAAUGGAAGUCAUCGCUGACUACGAGGUACACCCCAAUCGGCGCCCCAAGAUUCUGGCCCAGACUGCAGCCCAUGUGGCAGGGGCUGCUUACUACUACCAACGGAAGGAUGUGGAGGCUGACCCCUGGGGGACCCAGCACAUAUCAGGUGUGUGCAUACAUCCCCGAUACGGAGGCUGGUUUGCCAUCCGAGGAGUAAUGCUGCUGCCAGGAAUAGAGGUGCCAGAUCUGCCACCCACAAAGCCCCUGGACUGUGUACCUACAAGAGCUGCCCGAAUCACCCUGCUUGAAGGCUUUAAUUUCCACUGGCGUGACUGGACAUACCGGGAUGCUGUAACACCACAGGAGCGUUACUCAGAAGAACAGAAGGCUUACUUUUCUACUCCACCUGCCCAACGCUUAGCUUUGUUGGGCUUGGCCCAGCCCUCAGAGGAUCCUAGCUCUGCAUCACCUGAGCUUCCUUUUACCACACUCCCACCCAAGAAGCCCCAGAAUCCCAGCAGAGCCCGAGGCUGGCUCAGCCCCAGUAUCUCACCACCUGCAUCCCCUGGCCCUUGAUAUCCUCCCUCCUCUGAGAUCCCUAUUUAUAAGUGGUACUUGGCUCUAGAACUCCUUUGGCUUUGGCAAGGCCAGAUAUUUUAUUUUGGGUACAAUAUUUUUGUUUAAACAGGCUUCAUGCCCAGUGUGGAGCCCAACAUUGGGCUAGAACUCACGAUCCUGAGAUCAAGACAUAAGCUGAGAUCUAGAGUUGGAUGCUUAACCAAAGGAGCCACCCCAGGUGCCUGGGUACAAUAUUUUUGAUACAAGGAUUGUAAUAGAGCUCUUCAGUGAAGAUAACAAAGCUCAGAAAAACUUAGUCAAAAGAAGUGAAAGACAAGACAGAUCCAGAAUUCCCAGCUUAAAAUACAGGAUUAUUCCUUUCCAUUUCUCUCCAGUGCUCCAAGAUCCUACUUGUUACAGAGCCUAAAAGGCAAUCAUCUCCUACCUAACGGCACUUGCCUCACAAGCUUGUUGUGGGGAAUAAAUACAUGCAAAGCAUUUUUGAAACCAUGCCUGGUUUAUAUUAAGGGGUGUAUGAGCUGUCAUUGAAAGCCCUGGGAAUUCUGUACUACUGCUCUUAGGUCUUGCUUGGGAGGAGGAGGAUAGACUAGACUAGCUUAUGUCUGAAAGGGUACAUAAUACACCAGACUCAGUUUUGAAUCUUACCCACAAGGGCUCAGGAGAAACCCACCUUCACCUCCCCUAUACCCCUCCCACCUCAGAACAAGGAGAUGAAUGUAGCCUUCCCCUACAAACAACAGGGCAGUUUGUCUCCCCCUCCCCCUUUUAGUUUCAAAGCCUCUAAUUCUGAUCUUCUACAGAGCCAGUACUGGACAUUUAGAAGAGGCCAAGCUUCAAGUUCUCAUGCAGCCCUCCCAAUAGUAUAAAUGUCCAAGUAAUCUCAUUGGGGCCUCCAUCUGCAACCUGCAAUUUAUGCUUCACCUAUAGGACAAAUUGCAGUGUUUUGACCAACACUGCAGAUCUUGCUCUUCUCCCCCAAAUGUAGUGAAAAUGUUAACACCUGGGUUCAGUUCCUUUCCUGUGUCUACUUGCAUAUCCCCCCACCCAAUGUAACUUUCUGAUUCUGAGGCAGCUAUCAACCUUCAUUUUACCCUAAAAAAGGAAAGCAGAGAGUAAAUUACUCUUAAAAUCAAAGCUAGUGCCCCCUGAAAUGAAGACUCAACAAGGUCUCAGUUCAAGUUUAAUAGAAACAAAGAUCAAAAGUGAUGCCCCACUACUGUACACAUCAGUUGACUUGCCCCAUAGCACAGCAUGGGCCAUUCUCUCCAGAGGAAGAAAGGCUGGCCUCCCCAACCCCUGCAGGAAAGGCCUGUCCCAUCCCAUACCACAUCUGCACUGAAUCUAAAGUCUUGUGUCUUAAGCAUGACAAUAGUACAAAAGAGAUUUUGUUUUCAUGGCCAGCCUAUGCAGCCGGGCCCUAAAAAGGCCCAGCGCUCACUUCUGCUUAGAGAAAUAUUCUUUGCUCUUCUGGACAUCAGGCUUGAUGGUAUCACUGCCAGGCUUCCAGCCAGCUGGGCACACUGCAAGAGAAGAGUACUAUCAAUUAAUAACCUGCUCAGUGGUGAGUUCCACCCUCCUCCCAUGGACAAAUGGGUGACAAUCAGACAAAAGGCUCAAAACCAAAUCUGAUACCUUAAGAGGCUGAACACUCAGGAACCAGAAUACUUAUGCUAUAGUGUGAGAUAAUUCAAGUCUUUUAGUGCAAGGAUAACUACAAACAUAAUUCAAUCCUCACCACAGCCCUAAUGCUAUUGUAUCUAAUUUAUUCAUGCAGCACCUGAAAUUUAAAGAAAUUAAGUAACUACCUUACAAGCUUCAAUUGUAUGCUUUGGUCUACAAAUAAUCUGCGUAAUGCACAUACAGCAAAAAAAAAAAAAA